ACCAAAGAUCCCGCCUUUUUCUGCUCCUGUGACCGCCACAUGGCGGACGAAUUCAUCUUGUGCGCGCGCUUAAAUAUAACGGACAUUGUUUAAAAAUAAUCGAAUUCGAAUUCCUGACAAACGAUGACUACUUUACGAUGGGGUAUUGCCAGCGCAGGAAAGAUUUCGCACGAUUUUGUGUCAGCAUUGCGAGCUUUGCCAGCAAAUGAGCACGAUGUAAUCGCCGUUGCGGCGCGGCAAUUAUCGCGUGCGCAAGAUUUUGCAAAGCUUCACGAAAUUAAAAAGGCCUACGAUGAUUAUGCGAAAUUGGCCGUGGACAAAGAUAUCGAUAUCGUGUACAUUGGUGCGAUUCAUCCUCAACACUUUGAUAUUGCGAUGUUGAUGUUAAAGCAUGGUAAGCAUAUCCUGUGUGAGAAGCCAUUGACGAUGAACUUGAAGCAGACUACCGAAUUAAUUAAUUACGCGAAGAAUAAAAAUCUUUUCUUAAUGGAGGCUGUGUGGAGCCGUUGUUUCCCUGUGUAUGAUACAAUCAGAAAGGAGAUUGCAUCUGGUAUCAUUGGUGACAUUCAUCAAGUGAUCGUUCCUUUUGGUUUCCGAAUGCCCGACGUGGAUCGAGUGAUUUUGAAAGAACUGGGUGGUGGUACGAUUCUUGAUCUCGGAAUUUAUUGUCUGCAAUUCGCCUGUUUAAUCUACGACAACGAAAUGCCAGAGAGCAUUAAAGCGUCAGGGUUCCUGAACGAAGAUGGUGUCGACAUGUCCAUGUCAGCUACUUUGACCUACAAAGGGAAUCGCACCGCGACUAUCAUGACACACGCGUUGGUCACUUUAUCAAAUGAAGCGUACGUCUGUGGCACCAAGGGUAUGAUAAAAGUAGAUAAGUUUUGGUGUCCGACAAAAGUGGAGCUGCCAAGUGGCACAAUGAAGGCACCACUGCCAAAACUAAAGCAUGAGACUAACUUUAUCAAUUCCGCCGGUUUGUGUUACGAAGCUGCCGAAGCUCGAGAUUGCAUUCUGAAAGGUUUGACAGAAAGCCCGAAGGUAUCGCAUGAGACAUCCUUAUUACUGGCGAAACUGGAGGACGAACUACGCAGACAAUUGGGUGUUGUAUAUUCUCAGGAUUAAAGAACUUUUUUCAAAUAAAAAUUUUUCUAUCUCUAUUCAUGAAAUCCAAUACUGUUUCAAUAUAAUCUUAUCUCUAAAUGUAUAAUUUGAUAACAAUUUCUAAUGAGAAUUUCUCGUGUGAAGUAUAACAGCUUUCUGAUCGCGAAUUUAUAAAUAAUAAAUCAUAUCAUAUUUGAAUUGUAUUAGUAUCAUAAGUGAAAGAGAUAUAUAUAUAUAUGAAUACAUC